AUGUGCGCCCUGCCUCUGCCCCACGUGGCAGUGGAUUUCCGCCUUCCCCCCGCCAUCCCCCUUUCUGUGGACCUGGAGGAGCGAGACAAGGGCUCUGCACUGCCUGCAACGCAGCGCUGUGGGUGGGGAGCCGGGGCAGCAGAGCCCAUCAAGGCGGGCGAGUUCAUUGUUGAAUACGCGGGUGAAGUGAUAGACGACGCGAUGUGCGAGGCCCGGCUAUGGGCGAUGCGGGCAGGGGGAGCAACAGACUUUUACAUGUGUGAAGUGAGCCGCGACGUUGUGAUUGAUGCCACCUUCCGUGGGGGGCACGGCCGUUUUGUCAACCACAGUUGCGCCCCCAACGCCGAGCUGCAGAAGUGGUGA